GGUAUACGCUUCUCCUUUCCAUUUUCCAUUCCGCAUUCUGCCGUGCAGUGCGCAGACCUCCAGUAUGCGUCUCGGUCUGCUCGCCGUUGCGCUGGCUGCACUGUCCUUCCAGCCCGCCUCGUCGCUCCUGCGCGUGCCUCUGACUGCCAAGCCGCAGCAACGCAGCGCCCAGAACCUGCUGCAGUUCCACACGCAGCCCAGCGACGCCGUGACCAACGCAGUUCAAGUCAAUCACAUCCUGCAGGACGGAGCGACCAACACUCUGGACGUCCUGCAUAAUGCGCAGGAUCUGGCGGCCCAGGGUCACGUGCCGCUCGAGAACUUCAUGGAGUUCCAGUUCUUCGGUCCAAUCGCCAUCGGAUCACCUCCCCAGGAGAUCCUGGUGUGCUUCGACACGGGCUCGAGCGACCUGUGGGUGCCUGGCAACAAGUGCGAGGCCUGCGCAGGCCUGUACCGCUUCAACCACUCGAAAUCCAGCACGUUCCACGAGUCCACGACACACCCUGCCUUCGCUGUACAGUACGGCAGCGGUAAAGUAAGCGGUCACUUCGGUCAGGACGUGGUGCAUGUGGCUCAGUUCCAGGUGCAGGACACAACCGUUGGGAUCGUCAGGACAGAGGAGGAAUCUAUGGCCAGGAUGAAGGCCGACGGGCUGCUAGGCUUGGCCUUUGACGGUCUCUCAACGUUCUCGCACCCUCCGCUCUUCUUUGCCCUACUGGAGCAAUACCCCGAGCUAGACUCGGUCUUCGCCUUCUACCUCAGUCCGGAUCCGAAUACUAACGGUUCAGAACUGCACUUAGGAGGUUAUGACGAGAACUUUAUGGGCUCGCUUCAAGCUACGUGGCAGAUGACGGACGUGUUGCCGCAAUUUGGCCAAUGGACGUUUUGGAGGAUCCAUCUGCACAGUGUCAAUGUGGGCAAGCACAGAAACGCCUGUGCAGAUGGCUGUGUGGCCUUCGUGGACUCCGGGACGUCGCUCAUUGGCAUCCCAGGCACUUUGUACUUGAACUUUCUGUAUGAAGUGGCCACAUUUGCUCAGAACCAAGGCUGUUACUGCGGAUUUGUCCAGUACGGCUUCCAGUGCUUCUUGUGUGCGCCAGAGGACUUCCCGCCGCUUCGUAUUGGAGUUGGAGGGAACCAUUAUUACGUGCUGGAAGGCUCGGAUUACACGCUCUGCGUUGGCUUAACCUGUAUCGUGCUGGUACAGCCAAGCGGCCAGGAGAUGUGGGUGCUCGGAGACGUGUUUAUGAAGAAAUUCUACUCUUUAUACGACGUCAAGAAGAAACAAAUGGGCUUUGCUUGCCCUGCCAACUCGACGUUGUGCGGCGUGGAGGAUACACAGGAUAAGACCGUGAACAGCAAAGACAGCGACCUGCUGCCUUCCCAGAAGUCGCCGUUCUUCGAGAACAGCUUCAACAUGUACGACAUGGACACCCACGCCGUGCUGGUCUUGUUCCUGUCGGGUCUGUCGCUCGUCGGCUCCGGUUUCAUCGUUUCUUCGUUCGUGCAAUACCCGAUUCUACGGAGUUUCCGCUCGUUCUCGAUCUUCUUCUGGCUGUCGGUGUGCACUGUGGGCUACAACUUGACGCUGUGGAUUGCUGGAGUGUGGCGCGCUCACCAGACGCACAUCUUGUUCUGUGCUUUACUCAAGAGCAGUCAGCAGUUCUUUGGUACUGCUAUUCUACUAUUCAGUGCUGCGGUUGGUUUGGAGCUGAUUCGUGCGGUGCGGUGGACGCAUUCGAGUACAGUGGAGUACAAAUAUUUCUACCACGUCGUGAUCUGGUGCUCUGCUGCGUUCACGGGCGCUUUUUCGCUGCUUACGGGUGUUGUUGGCUUCCUACCGGAUGGUGCUGGUCCGUGUCGAGCGUGCUUCGUUGGUCAUAGUCCCGGUUGGGCUCGGGUGUUCCUGUUCUACUUGCCAGCGACGCUGACGCUUACGUUUGCUGGAGCAGCUGUGUAUCUUGCGUCCACGGGCUCAACAGGACUGUCGCUGCCGCCUCAGGCCGAACGUGCACGCCGUAGUAGUGGACAGCUACUGCCGAGUUGUGUAGCUACUAUUGCUGCACUCUUCCUGCCGACGCUAUUCGGUUGGUUGCAAUCUUUUGGGGCCGAUUGGGUCACGUCUGGCUUCUUCCUGUAUCUAUCGGAGCUGUGCUUCUACUCGCAAGGUUUGUUAAACGCCUUAUCCUGGGCCUUUAACCCGUCUUAUCGUGUCGCUCGGUACCGUGGCAAUAACGCCAUGGGAGGGGAAGCUACGCGUCUUAUGGGACCAAAUUAACGUGUGUGGAUCAGGAUAAAGUUGCUUUGACACAAAUAAAGCAGUAUUUGUCAGCUUAAGAGCAGGAUGGCGGCACUGACUUAUCCUGUGUUUGACUACUUAGUGGGGAAGGCGUCGAUAGCUCCGUAGAAGUCCCAGAAAUCGUCACCAAGCAACUCCAGGUUGUCGUCCUCGAGCCAACUGGCCUGUUGGCAGAUCAAAUUGUCCUCCACGACGUAGUCGAUGUGGUCUUUGUGACGCACAGGGAGGUGACCACAGCCUGGACGAUGGGUAUCUCUAGGAGACGAGCACUUGACAGGCUGCGUAGUUACAGUUUUAGCUGCAGUUUUAGCGGGUCCGCGCUGUAGAGCACCUAGAUUUGUGACGCUGUCUUGACACACGAGAUGGUUCUGCACCACAUAGUCGCGGUGGUUCCCGUGCUGGAUGGACAAAUGUCCACAGGAGCGAUUGUGACGCGAAUAGUCCAGCAACGACGACGUCGGAGUUGACAAACAAGCCUUCUCGGUAGCAGGUUUAGCCUGAGCGUUAGAAGGCGCUGUGCUCACGGAAUCAAUCCCGUUAACUGGGUUAACCGAGCUCGACAGCAAGCUACCCGGUCCACUGGUAUCCGGUGUAGUGAAAGACAAGCUCGGUUCAGGGAACGUUUGGCCCAUCGAACUGCCCCCCACUGAUUGAGGUAGCGUCGAGUUCGUCAGAAGAUCGCCAGCAGUAGUCAUACCACCUAGCACAGCUGGAUUCGGCGUCAAGAGAUGGUCGAUCAUGUCGGAUCCACUCGAUAUCUUGGCUCCAGUGGCCGUGGUAUCAUCAGGUGGAGGAGGUCUCAGCUCGAGAUGCGCCGGGCAGCAACUAGUUCCGAUCGUUGUCGAGGGGCAGUGAGGAGGAAAUGCGUCCAGAGAGAACGGAAGCGUCUCCUGCGACAUCAAAAACGCGUCCAACGACGAGAGCGCCGCAAGACAUGCCGGUGGCGAGUGAAUGUGGUUCUCCGGACAUUUCAACUCGUAACGUAUCGGUCGUGUGGGGGUGUUCACACACGCAGCAGUUGCGGACAUUUUACGGCGAUUGGUCAUACACGUCGUUGUGAUAGGCAGAGGGGCCUUCAUAACUGGCGGUUCCGGUAGUAGCACGUCCGGGUUCAUGGCCGUACUGGUGGUCGUAACCAGAGGGUUAGUGACGUCGCUCGGACAGUCGCAGCUCUCAUCUCCCGAGUCGAUUUUCUUAUUCACGGACGCCGUAAUAGCAGGAGAAAGCUUGCGUUUCUUGGUCUUGGACUUCCCAGAGGCGUCGGUCUGGUCUUCAUGAAGGCGCUGGUGUUUGUGGAGGUCGAAUUUACGCGCAAAACUGCGGUCACAGCCAGGGAAGGCGCACGCAAAGGGCUUUCUGCCUCUACACAAGAUAAAUUACCGUAAGAAAAAACAAGGGAAUAAUAAACAGAAAAGAAAAUAAAACUUACGUGUGAGUGCGUUCGUGGCUCAACAAGUCCGAGCGACGUGCGAAGCAUUUGCCGCACUCCUCGUAUUUGCAGCGGUAGGGCUUCUCGCCCGUGUGUACACGGUAGUGCACCUCCAUGUCCGCUUUGCGCAGGAAUUUCUUACCGCAAAAUUUGCAGGC